UGGCUCUGCGUCACGUGACAAGCCUAGGCCCCCCCUCUAAGAUGGCGGCGCCCGUGUUGCUGCCAGUGCCGCCAGCGGAGGAGGGAGCCGCGAGGCUGAGCCACAAAAAGUAUAGAGCAUUUUUGAAGAAGGAGAAACGGAAGAAGAAGAGACAAGCGUUAGCAAAACUGAGAGAUGCAGAAAAAGCAGAUAAAGAUGAACAUAUUUCUGAAGAAGAACUGGAUGAAGAAAAGCAACUUGAAGAGGAAAGGCAAAGACUCCAUGAAGAAUGGUUGCUGAGAGAGGAAAGAGCUCAAGAAGCUUUCAGGAUCAGAAAAGAAAAAGAAGCAGCAGCAAGAAAACGGCAAGAAGAGGAAGAGCAAAAAAUAAAAGAAGAAUGGGAGGAACAGCAAAGAAAAGAACAAGAGGAAGAGGAUCGGAAGCAACAAGUGAAGAAAGAAAGAGAGGAAGCUGUGCAGAAGAUGUUGGACCAGGCUGAAAGUCAGCUAGAAAAUGGAACUACCUGGCACAAUCCAGAACCCCCAGAAAAUAUAGGAACAGAGAAAGAUCGAGCCAAUUGCCCAUUCUACAUUAAAACUGGAGCUUGCAGAUUUGGAGACAGAUGUUCUCGGAAGCACAAUUACCCAGCCUCUAGCCAGACACUCCUUAUUAGGGGUAUGUUUGUUACUUUUGGGAUGGAACAGUGUAAAAGAGAUGACUAUGAUACAGAUGCAAGCCUGGAAUACAGUGAGGAAGAAAUCUACCAGCAGUUCCUAGACUUCUAUGAAGAUGUACUCCCUGAAUUCAAGAACAUAGGGAAGGUCAUCCAGUUCAAGGUCAGCUGCAACUUUGAGCCUCAUCUUCGAGGAAAUGUAUAUGUUCAGUAUCAGUCAGAGCAAGAAUGUCAGGAGGCUCUUGCUUUAUUCAAUGGUCGAUGGUAUGCAGGUCGGCAGCUUCAGUGUGAAUUCUGCCCGGUAACAAGAUGGAAGACUGCAAUUUGUGGUUUGUUUGAAAGACAAAAAUGUCCAAGAGGGAAGCACUGCAACUUCCUACAUGUAUUCAGAAAUCCAAACAAUGAGUUUUGGGAAGCCAACAGAGAUAUUCACAUAUCUCCUGAAUGGACUAAAGAAGCAAGUAAAAACUCUGAAAGGAGGAAUAGAUUGGGCUACUAUGAAGAACAUUAUAGUAGGUCAAGACGAAGAAGCAGCCCAAGUCCAGAUCGUGGUUACAACAAACGAAAUGGAGAAUCUGAGAGGAAAAAAAGCCAUCACAAGCAUAAAAAAAGACACCUUCCCAAGAGGUCAGAAAGUCGUGGAAGGAAAAGGUCACACAGUAAAAAGAAAAGAGGACGGAGUCGCACCAGGAGCUUGACACGUAGCAGAAGUCCCUCUCGAUCAAGCAGUCGAGGCAGGAAGAGAUCCAGUAGCAGAGGAAGAAACAGUUGAAUUUACUGUUAGUGAAUGACUGUAAGAAGCCUGAGUUAAAAAGCCAACCAACCUAUUAUUUCCAGAGAUGUUGAAUAGUAGAGAACUUGUCAUGUAUUACUGUGCUUCAAAAUAAAGCUGCUGUUCACUGGCCAAUCUUACUUUUUGCAAUAAAUUAUUUUAAGAUAAA